UAGUCGGGGUCGUUUCCGUGCAUCUAGCGUUCGUUAGUUAGGUGGAGGAAUCUGCUCUGCAAAGACAAACACAUGUGAAAUUAUUGAUCAGGUAGGGCAAACACUUCAUUCCGCCGGCUCGCGCCUUUUGAUCUGGUCGUUCGGAUUAAACAUGUAAAUUAAUUUCUAAUGGUCAGUGCUUAAUGUGUCCGUUAAUCUAGAAGCUAUAACCAGUGUGCAGAAUCAGCGUUUACAUGGCGAUGCAUUUCCUUUUGUUCAGCUAGCUUAUGUGUAGAAAUACCACAUUCUCAGAGUUCUACUCAUUAAAAAGAUUAAAAACAGACACUAGCAGGCUUCCUUAACGUCGGCUACCUAGCUGUUUCCUAUUUUAGACUCACUGUAGCUACACAUUCCCGAGGACACUCGACACGUUGACAUUUAGCUAGACCCGGGUCGUGUGAAUUUAUGGAAACAUGUCAAAAAAACGGGCCAGGAAGCGUAGCAGUGGAGAGCUGAGUGAGAGUUCGGCGGCGACCCUGAGCCCAGACCCAGACAAUCUGCUGGGCCGAAGGAUCCAGCACUCCUGGCGGGAGAAGGGGAACGUGACCAAGUGGAAAGGAACCGUCCUGGAGCGCCUUACUGUGAAUACCUCCCUCUACAUGGUCAAAUAUGACGGCUUUGACUGCGUGUACGGCAUCGAGCUCUUCAAAGACAACCGGGUGACCAACCUGCAGGUGUUGGCAGAGAAAGUUGUGAACAAUAAGAUCAAGGUGCCUCCCGGGGCCGAGGAGCUGGUGGGCCGGGCGGUGGAGCAUCUGUUUGAGAAGGAGGGCGGUGAGAAGAACGAGUGGCGAGGCAUGGUGCUGUCCCGAGCCCCCGUCAUGACCCACUGGUACUACAUCACCUACGAGAAGGACCCGGUGCUGUACAUGUACCAGCUGUGGGACGACUACAAGGACGGAGAUCUACGUGUCCUGCCUGAGUCAGAGAACAAACACCUGCUGCCAGCAGACAGGAAGCCGGGUGAGGAGCCAGAGAGCCUUGUGGGUAAGCAGGUGGAAUACGUCACAGAUAACGGUCUGAAGAGGACGGGCUUAGUUAUCUACCAGGUCCCAGCGAAGCCCACAGUAUACUACAUCAAAUAUGACGAUGAUGUCCACAUCCACGUCUACGAUCUGGUGAAGACCACCUAGUACUGACUGGCUCGUCUCUGACCGACCUGCCGUUACCUGUGAAGUGUUACAGAUUUCAGUUUUCUUCCAGCAGGAGGCAGUGUGCCGAAGAUCAAAAGCCCCGUCUUAUUCUAUUUUUGAUCUUUUUUAAGCCUCCAGAGUCUUCUCUUCCUCUCACAUCACCAGACACCUUGGUUUUUGGUUUUUUUUCCAGUUAGAAUUUAUGUUGACCUUAAUGUAUGACUCUUGGGUCCUCUUCAAUGUAAAUAAAAAUUGAUUUGAGAUCGGUUGUAUAGCCCAGCAGAUAAAAUGCAGCUAGUGCAACUUUCAAACUUCAAAUUCAUACAUUUUGUAAGCAACACGUAAACUAAAAUGAUUCAGCUUUCUUACCUCUGUGUUUUACUCCUAUUUCAUUUGACUUUUAUAUGCCUGUCCUAUUUAUGUCCUCUGGAACAUCCGGCUGUGCUGCUGGUCACAUUUGGGCAAAACGUCUGUGCUUUAUGUGUCAUUACAUUAUUACAUUACAUUGCAUUUAGCUGACGCUUUUAUCCAAAGCGACUUACAAUAAGUGCGUUCGACCAACAAAAUACAAACUUGAAGAAAACAGAAUCAUAUAAGUACAUCAGGUUUCAUAGAGCUAAAACAUUUCAAGUGCUACUCAACUGGCUUUAGAUAAGCCAGUCAUUUAUUAGUAUAUAAGUGCUUUGUUAAUAGUUCUAUCGCUCGAAGUGGAGUCGAAAGAGAUGAGUUUUCAGUCUGCGCCGGAAGGUGUGUAAGCUAUCUGCUGUCCUGAUUUCAAUGGGGAGCUCAGUCUGGGUUGGCCUCAGUUUGAGGAAAAUAGAAGUCACAGUGAACUAUGAUUUCAGUGUUUAGACCAUUAUGAGACUUUACUGUCUCACCAUCAUGGUUGGAAAACACAGAUUAUUCAAAAUAAAAAAAGAAGUCGUGUAUCAUAUUCCUGUUCCGUUUCAUCCUGCAUACUGCAAGUUUUCUACAUUAUGAUAAUAUAUGAAAAUAAUGUUGGUGUCAAGUUGUUUCAAAGGUGUUUGUGCUACACAUUAUUUCUGUAGUUCAAAUUGGCUACCGACAUUGUUUAGGUUUUUGGACUGAAGUCUUUAUUAUUUGCCAAAAACAUGAAUGAUGUGAUAUGGUAUAUUCAGGCCUCAACAUAUUGUUCAUUGUGACCCUAAAUAUGUUAUGUUCUGUAAAUAUAAUACAAUACACAUUUUUAUGAACAUUA